CUGAGGUUUCAACGGCAUCGUAGUCUGGGAGUGAAGAUCCUCAGAAACAUCAUCUGAACUUAAGGCGAGAGGACUCAAUCAGCAUGGGUGUCAAGGUGUGGAAGUUUAUUUUAGCUGCUGCUGCAGUGCUGAUGCUGGGUCUUCCUCACGGUUCCACGGCUCUCAGCCUGAAGGAGAAGCUGUCUGACUGUCUGAAUGACACAGACUACCAAGAACUGCUGGAUAUAGCAAAGCAUGGCCUUCCACACACCAGCAAGCCCCAACACAUCGCCAUCGUUGGUGCCGGCAUGGCUGGACUGACAGCUGCCAAGUUACUAGAAGACGCAGGACAUAAGGUGACCAUCAUCGAGGCCAGCGGUCGCGUUGGAGGCAGAGUGGAGACCUACAGGAAUAAGACCGAGGGCUGGUAUGCUGACCUUGGAGCAAUGAGGAUCCCCAAUUAUCAUCUCAUCAUUCGGCAGUUCAUCCAAGACCUCGGGGUCAAGUUGCAGCAUUUCAUCAUGGAUGACAUUAACACUUUCUACCUGAUCCGUGGGAAUCGGAAUAGAACGUACGCCGUGAAGAGCAACCCCGACAUCCUGCAGUAUAACGUGUCCAGAAGUGAGAGGGGGAAGUCAGCGUCUGAACUACUGAACAUGGCUCUGCAGAAGGUCAAGGAUGAAGUGGAGGCUAAUGGCUGUGAGGCGAUGCUUAAGAAGUAUGACCACUACUCUGUGAAGGAGUAUCUAAAGAUGGAAGGUGGUCUGAGUACGGAGGCCGUGCAGAUGAUCGCUGACCUUCUGAAUGAGCAGAGUCUCCUGCAUUUUGCUCUGACUGAAAUGAUCUACCUCGAGAGUGACGUCAGCGACACCACCACCUACGAUGAAAUAAGCGGAGGGACGGAUGUCCUCGCCACAGCGUUUCUGAGCAAUCUUCACAGCACACUGUUCCUGAAUUCCAAGGUCAAAAGAAUUGAUCACGCGAACAAAGGCGUGACGGUGUGGUUUUCCAGGAAUCGCAGUGACUGUUUGGAGUAUCUGGAUGCUGACGUCGUCCUGGUGACACCAACGGCCAGAGCCACCCUCUUCAUGGAGUUUGACCCUCCUUUGUCCCCCUCCAAGAUGGAAGCCAUGCGUGCAGCCCACUAUGCCAGCUCCACCAAAAUCAUCCUGACCUUCAGCCGCAAGUUCUGGCUCGACGAUGGCAUCCGUGGAGGCAAGAGCAUCACAGACAGACCCUCCCGUUACAUUUAUUACCCCACCCACAGCUUUCCUAAAAACGACAGCAUCGGGGUCCUUCUCGCCUCCUACACCUGGUCCGAUGACUCCCUUCUCUUUCAUGGUGCAAGUGAUGAGGAACUUAAAGACAUGGCCCUGAGGGAUCUGGAACACAUCCACCCCGACGCCAACGUCAGGUCUCUCUGCACAGGAGUGGUGGUGAAGAGGUGGAGCAUGGAUCCGUACAGUUUAGGGGCCUUCACGUUGUUCACUCCCUACCAGCACUUGGAGUAUUCGGCCGAGCUCUUCCAGAGCUACGGUAAUGUGCACUUUGCAGGAGAACACACAGCUUUCCCUCACGGCUGGAUCGAGACAUCCAUGAAAUCUGCGAUCAGGGCAGCCAGGAACAUCAAUGAUGCUGCAAACAUGCAGGCAUCCAGGGUUUCACCUCGUGACGAGCUCUGAAGGCCGCAAAGAACAAGUAUUUAUGAGAUUGUAAUGAUCUUCUUUUGUGCUCACACUAACUCCUCGGCUGCUAGUUUUAUUUUUACUUAGCAAUUGGUCGAUUCAUUGAUGUGAAAGUAGCAUUGAAGACUAGAUACACUUUUAAAAUCAGCUACGUUCAUACCGGCCUCGGCAAUGCACGUUCAAGCAACCACUUUCAAUACAAAGUAAAUGUGUGUAUGUGCGCAUUUCGGGAUUCCAUGUUUAAACUCUUGCAUUCAUACUUUGCAAUCCAAGUUUCUACAACUGUUUUCAGGCUCCAAGUACAAAACGAGUGACCAUUGAACGGUUGUUGAAAGUUACACAACCAGUUGGCCAAUCAGGGACUCAGAUUUGGUGGUGACUCAUGGAUGGCAUCCGCUGUCAAUCAUGGAGAAGCCAACCAUUUGAAAAUUGAUUCUGGAGAAGAAAUUAAUAAUUACAUAAUUCUCUGACAGCAACUCCUUCAUGUCUUGGAAUAGAGCUGUGAAAGCAAAACCCUGGGGUGAGAUUUUCAUUACUUUGACAGUUUACACCAUCCCUCUUUCAACUGUAAGUGAAAGUAAAUAAAUACCCAAUGAAUAAAUAACCAAAGUAUCAUCAACACAAGAACACAGAAAGGACUAAACAAAAUAAGAUAUUCAAUGUUACUCAGUGCUCAACUGAAGCACUGGGACUGUUUCUAAACCAUAACAACAAUAAAAGUUCAGAAAAGUC